UCUGCCACCCAUCUCUUCAAAGCUUAGUCCCCGUCGACUCUGAUCCCAGCGAUCCUCAGUCCAGUAUCCUCAAGUGUGCUUGCCAACAAAUUCCCCUAUUUUGGUGAACUCCGUCCUCUGAACCCCCCCCCAAGCAAUCCCGAUCCGGUCCGGAACACUCCUCCAAGCAUCCAUUCCAUACAGGCUCAACGGCCUCGACUAUGAUAGACUCAAUGCACAUCGUCGCACACGGCCCCGCUUCCACACAUGUCUAUCCCGAGCUGGUUGCCUGCCGCCCGGCUCCCUGCCGCUUUUCCUCGGUGCAGUACCCCAUUCCGUUCCCUUCGCCCCUGAACCUCUACACCCUCAAGUCGGGCAAGUCCCCGCUCGAGUUUUCGCUUCUCGCAGGCCUGCCUGCUGCUGGCUCCAAGCUGCUGCAGUCCUCCGAGACCCCCACCAUUCUCUUCAGCAGCGAGUACGACUCGCCGCUGCUGUGUUCGCCGCAGGAGCACCUGGUCCUCGUGGCCUAUGACAGCUCGGCGGCUUCAAGGAAAGCCCUGUCCAUCGCCGUGGGCAUGUGCGGCAAGCUUUACGACGGCCUUGUUAUCAUCAGGGUGGCCGAAGAUUACGUCCACCCGAUUGUGGCCCGCGAAGAGGCCGACGAGCUGAUGAAGUCGAUUGCUCGCGGCCUCACGCUCUCGUUUGAGUGUCGGAUCCCGGUUUUGAUUCUCUACAAGCCCGGACGACCCGAGCAUAUUCUCUCGGAGCAAAUCGGUGUCUUUAAUCCUCGCGCCAUCGUCAUCGGCAAGCAGGGCGCUGGCCAGUGCUCUUCGCUCGGCCGCGUCGCCGACCAUCUCAUCCGCAACGCCAAAGGAUGUGUGAUGGUCGUCGACGAGGACGCCUGAGAACCGCACAGAUACCCCUACAACGCCAAGUGCUGCUCAAGGACCUCCUCGCCCUCCCCUUCUCCUCCUCCCUCACGCUAUCCAGUUU